AUGUAAAACUCAUUAAUCUAAACUUAUGUUGAAAAUGUUGAUAAUAUUAAAACUAUCUGGUGUAAAUACACUACUUAAACUUAAGGAUAAACUAUGCAUUAUAAAUUCUUAGGUAAAUUUCUCAUGGAUAUUCGACUUCCUCUUGGAGUUGAUAGUGAUUCCAAUCUUUGGGAUGCAUGUAAAUUAUCAUCUAAAUUUAAAUUAUAAUGGUAUUUUAUAUUAUUAAUUAUUUUAGUGAUUCAUAUGGACAUAUAUAAUAUAAUUCACUUAUUUAUGAACUCUUUCGAAGAUGUUUUUAUUAAGAAGUCUUUUCUCAAGGUUCUAUUCAUUCUAUUAAAUUAAUCAAAUAAUUUAAUAAAGAAUAAUAAUUUAGACUCAAAUAUUAUCGUAAAAACAAAAACAUUCCUAGAUCUAAUAUUGGUCCUGCCAUUACAACUCAAACUAAUAUUAAUCUAUUACACGACUAUUUAAAUGUAUUAAUCUUCUUUAAAACUUGGUAAUAAUUUACUAAUUCUCUUAUUCAUAAAAUCAAUUAAGAAGAUCACCAUUUCACUGAUAGUGAUAUUUCACUUUAAAACAUUUCAGAAAAUAUGUAAUUUUAUCAUUUCUAUCCUAGAUAUCAAAAAAGUUAAAAUCAUAUACUUAAUUAAGAAUUUGAAGAUUUAUCUAAAUCUAAUAGUUGUUUAGAUUAAAUUCCUAUCAGUCGACAUAGCAUUUCAUAAAGUAGUCAAAUAAAUCAAUAUAAUGAUUUGCUUUUCUAUAAAGGAAAUUAUGAAACUUCUCUCCAAAGUGAAAAUAGAGAUUUUACAUUCUUAAAAACUGAAAAACGAUGUGAAUCUGAUAUAUGA